AUGGGCAAGUCAUUAUCUGCUUGUGGUCUGGCUGUUUUAAUGGAAGACACUGAUAACCAGAUUGAUAGAACAAAAGACAUUCAAGAUGCUUUAGAUGCUCCAAUUCCUCAAAAUUGUAUAGAAAGUCGUGGCUUGCUUAAUACGGCACAAAAGGAAAUUUUUACUUGUAUUAUGCAGCAUAUCGUAGAAGGAAAACUAGGGGAAUUUUUUGUAGAUGGUCCUGGUGGAACUGGUAAAACGUUCUUAUAUAAUUCAUUAUAUGCUGAGAUCCGCCUUAUGAAUAAGAUUGUUUUACCUACUGCUACGUCUGGAAUAGCUGCAGCAAAUAUUCCAUCAGGUAGAACAGCACACUCAAGAUUCAAAAUUCCAUUGGACAGUGAUGCUUCAUUAGCUUGCAGUGUUUCUAAGAAAAGUAGCCUGGCAGCGUUAAUAAAAGAAACAACUCUUAUAAUAUGGGAUGAAGCAUUUAUGGCAAACAAGCAAAAUCUAGAAUCUCUAGACCUUUUAUUACAAGACAUAUGUGAUAGUGAUGUGAUAUUUGGUGGGAAGGUAAUUGUGUUUGGUGGAGACUUUCGACAAGUGUUGCCUGUUGUUCCUAACAAGACUAUUAGAGAAGCAGUGGAAGCAAGUAUAACCAUGGAAAGUGAUUUUGUUGAGUUGCCACCUCAGAUAGUGCAGACUUUCCAGCCUGAUGCUGAUCCAAUAGAUGAGUUACUCGAAUCUUCUUUUCUAGAACUUGGUUCAGGUGCUCUGGACCCUCAAAUCUUUUCAAGAAGGGUUGUUCUAACACCUAUAAAUGACGAUGUAGAUACUAUAAAUCCGUUCAUGAUUGAGAGAUUCCCAGGACAAGCCAUAUCUUAUACAAGCUAUGACAGUGUCCUAGAUGAUAGUGGCAGCGUAUAUCCUACAGAAUUCCUGAAUAAACUAUGUCUAGGUGGAAUGAGCCCUCACAAUCUUGUGCUCAAAGAAAACUGCCCAGUAAUAUUGCUUAGAAACCUUCUACCAUCUUCUGGUUUUGCAAUGGAACGCCGCUUAUAUCAUUCAGAAAACUCUGUUAAAAAUGUCGUAUCUUAUGCUGUCCUAAAGCUAGCAGGAGAGUAA